UCCAUCUCAGCUGUAUUCUCUGGUGUUCCUCCUGCUGGAGAGAACACAUAUCAGUGGAUAAAUCACACGCUCUCUUGCAGAGGAUUGAGUGCAUGUUGUGCUGCAGUCUCCGCUGCUGCUGCUGUACUACUACUCUGCUCCAGCUGGCCGAGCACAAGCUCUGAAGGAGGAGCAGCAUCUCAUGUAGAUGAGGCAGACGGAGCAGGAGAAGAGGCACAGUGUAAAGGGAUGCAAAGUGAGGGGGGUGAUGUUGGAUGUCUUUUCCACAUCUGCACUUUUGAAUUUUGAGAGGCAGAGAGGUGGGCGCCAGAGGUUUGAGUCACCUCAGUAGCUGAACCAGGAGGAGAAGAGUCGAGCCUGAAGAUAAUAACGUGGGGAGGAGAAGUUGACAGUGGAAGGAUACAGGAUGAUCUUGGGAAGUGUAAACCGACCGGGGCCGGUCCCUGCCUUCCUCAGGAGCCCGCCUGUCAUCCCAUCCCCGCUGGACAUGAAGCCCUUCCUCCAGUUCCCCCUGGAAUCGCCUCACCCGGCCAGCAUCGGCCUCUUCCACAACUUUAACACAAUGGACCCUGUCCAGAAGGCUGUGAUGACGCACACCUUUGGGCCACCUAUGGUGAGGACUAAACGGCCAAUCAUCUCAUGCAACGUCUGCCAAAUACGCUUCAACUCAGAGAGCCAGGCAGAGGCCCACUAUAAGGGGAACCGCCAUGCUCGAAGGGUGAAGGGGAUCGAGACAUCCAAGACAGCUCGUCUCCAAGAUGGGGACAAACAGCACCCUCCCCUGACUGCUUCCCCCUCCCCACCAGGCCCCUCACCAUCCAGCCCUGUGCCUGAUCCUAAUAAGCUGGAUGUCACCCAAAACUGUCCCAACUCUAACGAGUCACCUUUGACCCCUAGCCGCCUCCCAACACCCACACUGAGCUCAGCAGACACUGAGUCUCCCCUCGUACUUUCUGUCAGCUCGCCUUUGCCGUCCCCUCCUUCCCCAAACGCCGCCCUCAGUACCCCCCCAACAGAUCCGGCAGCGGUGGCUCUUCCUGACUCCCUGUCUCCGGCACCCAGCCCGUCUUCAGGAGAGUCAGAGGAAGAGAAAGCCAAGAAGCUUCUCUACUGCUCCCUGUGCAAAGUGGCUGUUAAUUCCCUCUCACAACUCGAGGCACAUAACAAAGGUACCAAGCACAAAACCAUUCUGGAGGCUCGGAGUGGACUGGGACCUAUUAAGGCAUACCCACGCUUGGGUCCGAAACCCAGCCCAGAGCAGGGAGGGGAGCUGUCCUCAGACCCAAACACUCAGGAACGCACCUUCCACUGUGAGAUCUGCAACGUUAGAGUCAACUCCGAGUUGCAGCUAAAACAGCAUAUAUCUAGCCGGAGGCAUCGUGAUGGAGUUGCAGGGAAACCCAAUCCUCUUCUCAGCCGGCACAAGAAGCGCACAGACUUUAUGGAACUUCCAAAAACUCUGGGGGCUGGACUUAUACCAAAUCCCCUGGCUGUCGCUGCAGCGAUGGCAGCCGCAGCAACCUCCAAUCAGCUGGCACUACGUUCUCCUGGGCCGGCCUCCCACCAUCAUCAUCACCUCUUGCAGGGAACACCCCUCAGCCUGCUGAGGCCUGCCCCAGGGCCCAUCCGCACCACGCAUGGCCCGAUCCUCUUCACCCCUUACUGAUGGUGGGGGAACGAUGAAGAAGCACACUGUGAAGAGGAGGCCUGCAACCAUGUGCCAUCAAGAGCCAGAUCAGCUGCUGUGGCUCAGUGGACAUAAAUAUGACUCUUCUUGGCACAUACUGUAGUUGCAGACCACUGACAAAUCGCAAAUAUUUCCGACUCCAUCAUCCCCAGUCUCCUUUCAUUGCUUAACUGUCUGCCAAUUAUCACACUGACUCUGCAGAUAGUUUCACGAGGAACUUAAACACGUCUCUAUCAAGCAUGGGAUUCCUUGAGCAUCAGCAACGUAAAUAUCCAUCUACCAUAUGAUCCAUUGAAUCUGACACGAAACCCUACCUCUCUUAUGUUUUUAACAUUCAUCUCAUUAUUUAUCCAAAGCAUCCAUGUUAACAAAUACAUGUGCUGGGUUAGAUAUAGUGUUGCCUCUGAUGUUAGCUGGUAUCAUACUGUAGUCGUCACAGUAUAGUGGAUUGUAUCACUGUACAGUUCUGUUUUUUGUGGUCUAUAAAGAGAAAAAGGUUACAACAAUUUCUGUAAUGUUCCUGCAGUAACUGGCAAACAUGUAUAGUGUGCACACAAUAGGUCUAGUUACCUCUGUGGGAUAGAAACAGGAAGUCAAAGAGGAACAACCUAAGUGUAAAAAUGACAUGACAUCUUAAAACUGUGCUUAUGCACUCAUCAACCACACUAGUGGUUUGGAGCAGUUGUGAGGAAGUGUUUACUCUUAUAGUCCACAAUAAGGUUGGAUAAAUUAAGAACAGAACAAGAGACGAAAGCCCAUGCAAGGUUCGUAAAAGUAAGAGGUAAGACGUCCACUUUUAAAUGGCUUAAGUACAUUCAUUUUUCCCAUCCGCAACACACUGGACAGAACAGAAUGGCUUUGUUGUCUUAAUGGAAUAGUUUCUAACACUGUGAGAAGAGCAGGGCAAUAGUUCAUUUACAACUUAAGUAGCAGGUUUAUUUGCAUUUUGUGCACAUUUGAUGAUACAGAUCACAGUUUCACCACAAUCACCCUUGAGGAGUGAGGAAACAGUGGGAAAGACACCAGCAUUAUGAUAGAGAAUGGAACAGAAAAGGACCACAUACAAAGAUGAGUACUUAAAAAAACAGAAACAGCAAAACACAUGAUUUUUGAUAGCAUUAUAGGCCUGUAGUGGAGUAAAAAAUGUUUAGUUUGUCUGCUCUGCCUUGUGUACUCUGACCCUACAUGUUCCUGACUACUAGUGAAGACUGUCAUAACGGCUUGUGACACAUUAGAGGGAAACUUUAGGAAAUGGAAACCGUAGCAAUACUUUGAGCACUCCUGCUAACUUUUCUUGUUAACUGCAAUAAAGAGAAAUGUCUAAAAUGUAAUAAUUGUUAUUUACGAGACGUGUAUUGAAACAUUAAUGUAAAUGUAGAUUAAAAAAAAUAUUAAAGGUAUAUG